ACCAAUCGGAAACACUCAACACAGGAAGUACUUUGUAACAAGGUUAAACAGGUGUGUUUCUUGUCGCAGAAGUUCAACUGAAGUGUAGCAUGAAUCCAAACAGAUGCCUGGUGGAUGGUUUAAAGCCUCUAUGAGACUGUUUCGACUGGCACACAGACUGGCCAACGCCACUCUUUGGUCAUUCCCGCAUAAUCCCUUAUUCUUUCGUACACUAUCAGUUUCUCCCACUGUUUUCUUACCCCAGCCUUUCUCUUUAUUCCCAUUAUUGUAUUCAAAAUAUUGUACAUCUUUCACACACAAUUCUAGUUUUAAAUCUUGUCGUUGCUCUCUUUGUUUAGUGCUAUUUCCUGAUUUCUUUUCAGUAUCGUCUGCCUUCUGUCACACUAUUCAGUCCCCUAUAACUAUGACUUUAUCUGAUGUCUUGGGAGUGCUGGAGCAGCUAGCUCCAUUGUCGUUAGCUGAACCAUGGGACAAUGUUGGCCUCUUGGUCGAACCCAGUAGACCUCAUCCAAUCCAAACCAUUUUGUUGACUAAUGACCUGACAAUGGCCGUCAUGGAGGAGGCGGUAGACAUGAGCUGUGACCUCAUUAUUUCAUACCACCCCCCACUGUUUCGACCAUUUAAACGAUUAGUUCAGAAGGACUGGAAGCAACAGUUAGCCAUUCGGGCACUUGAAGCAGGAAUUGCAGUCUACUCUCCCCACACUUCAUUGGAUAGCGUGAAAGGUGGAAUCAACGACUGGCUGAUUGGAGGAGUGGGUAGUGGCAGUGUGUCAGUCCUCCAUCAGGCUGUCAGUAGUGCACCCGUCUGUCACAAGCUGGAAUUUACUGUCAGAAACCAUGAAGAACUAAACACAGUUCUAGCUGAAUUAAAGGAACGAGAGGCAGGACGCACCUUUAAGUUCAAUGCUGCCAGACCGGACAGUGACAUGUACAGUGUGAGCAUGUCCUGUAUAGACUCAGAGCUGACUGGUGUUGUCCAAAUUCUGUCAAAGCACUUAUUGGCUUGUCAAAGUCUCAACAUUCUUCCAGCCAGCAAGCCACCACUCCCUGGUUGCGGGCAGGGGAGACGGAGUAUUUUGGAUGAGCCUAUUUCUGUGGCAGCAGCGGUCGAUCGAGUCAAAGCUCACUUGGGAUUGAGUCAUGUGAGAUUGGCUCUUGGUACCCAGCAAACACUUGAGUCUACAGUUAGCACUGUGGCGGUUUGCGCUGGAUCAGGAAGCUCAGUUCUGCAAGGAGUAAAGGCAGAUCUCUGCAUAACAGGGGAGAUGUCACAUCACGAGGUCCUGGAUACUGUUGCUGCAGGAACAAGCGUGAUCCUCUGUGACCAUAGCAACAGCGAGCGUGGUUUUUUGUCUGUACUCAGGGAAAGGCUGGCAGUGCAUUUGCCUGAAUCCGUGUCAAUUAGAUUAUCACAGAAAGACAGGGACCCUCUUGAAGUAGUCUAAGGAAAUCAUUGUCUCUAGUUAUUCAUGAGACUUUAAUGCAGACCACACAACUGAUCUGAAAUGUACUGCAUGCCUCCAAAUAAAAACAAGAUUCAUGUGAAUAA